UCCUUUCUUAAAUUACCUGUCAAGUCAAACUACCAGACAUAAAAUGAGAUGGAGGGACUAUUAUUUAUUUAAAUAAUAACUACUCUAGUUCAUAAAAGUAAGCAACAAACAUAAAAUAAAAAGUAAUUUGCACUUUUUCCCCCUAUUUUGUGCUGGUCUUAACUUUUGCCCCUCAAUGCAAAAAAAAAAAAAAAAAAAAUUGCAAGACAUAUGGUCAUAAUUUCGCAUCAUAAUAUCACACAAAUUAUACCUAUUUUUGCCUACCUAGCACUUUUAAACAACUUAUGCCCACAGUAAGCAUAGGCAUAAGUUCGAUUCUAAAUGGCAAAAUUAAAGAUCAACCCAUUUGAAGGGCAAACCGUGCAAUAAAAUGUAAAAUAAAAAGAUGUUUUAGUUUUAUUUUCAAAAGUAUGAUUAUAAUUUGUUCAGAUUAUAACUAUUUGCACCAUAAAAUAUCAUAUGGUUAUAAGUUUGCACCAAAUAAAUGCCCGCACUUCGCACCUUUGCUGUUUGCCGCAAUUUAAACAAAACAAUCAACACCUUUAUCGCAAACGGAAACCUCCAAGAAGCUCGGAAGCUCUUCGAUCAAAGCCCCAACUUAAGAAACAUCGUAUCAUGGAAUUCCCUUAUCGCUGGUUACUUCAAACACAACAACAUCCGACAAGCCGAACACCUGUUCGACGAAAUGCCUCAAAGAGAUGUCAUUUCCUGGAACACCAUGCUCUCCGGAUAUCGCAACGCUAACAACCCGGAGAAAGUGUAUAGAUGCUUUCUAUGUAUGAGAAGAUAUGGAGACGACAGACCUAAUGAGCUCACUUUCGCGGUAGCGAUUAGUUCCUUCUUGCAUAUAGAUUUCAAGCAUUUGAUCCCUCAGCUUCACGGUCUCGUGGUUUGUCUCGGGAUAAGUCUCAAUGUAUUUGUAGGAUCAGCAUUGAUGAGGGGUUAUGUUGAUUUGGAAGAUUACAAAGGUUUAGCUCGAGUUUUUGAUGAGAUUUUGGACAAAGAUGUUACGCCCUGGAAUGUGUUGAUUUUGGGUUACAUGAAAUUUGGGUGCACAAGUGAGGCUCAGACGGCUUUUGAUAUGAUGCCUAGGAGAAAUUUUUUUACUUGGAGUACUUUAAUCAAUGGGUACAUUGAGAACAAGAAGCUUAAUGAAGCUCGGUACAUUUUUGAUAAGAUGAGUGAGAAAGAUGUGGUUUCUUGGACAGCAAUGAUAAGAGGAUAUGUGCAAUAUGGAGACUUUAUGAAGGCUUUGGAAUUGUUUAAGUUGAUGUUGAACGAAGGAACUACUCGUCCUAAUCAUUUUACGUUUUCAACUGUUUUAGAUGCCUGUGCAGGCCACUCUGCUGUUCUCGUGGGUAAUCAAGUUCACACGUGCAUCUUGAAGUCGGGUUUCCCUCUUGAUGUCGUUUUGUUAACCUCCCUUGUUGACAUGUACGCAAAAUGUGGAGACAUUGAAGUUGCUUUCUGCAUUUUUGAGUCCAUUGAUAGAAGGAAUUUGGUAGCUUGGAAUUCGAUCAUUGGAGGUUAUGCGAGACACGGGCUUGCAGAGAGGGCAAUUCAGGAGUUUGAGAGGAUGGUGAAGAGUGGUAUCAGGCCCGAUGAAAUUACUUUUAUUAAUUUGGUAUAUGCAUGUGGUCACGGUGGAUUAGUCGAGGAAGGUGAGAGAAUUUUCAAUUCGAUGGUAACAGAUUACGGAUUGAAAGCAGAAAUGGAACACUAUGCAUGUAUGGUGGACUUGUAUGGAAAGGCAGGUCAGCUUGAGAAAGCAGAAAAAUUGAUCGAGGGGAUGCCUUUUAAGCCUGAUGUGGUUGUAUGGGGGGCAUUAUUGGGAGCCUGUGGCAUGCAUUCAUGUAUAGAGCUCGGAGAGAUUGCAGCAAAUGGAAUCUACACAUUGGAGAACGACAAUCCUGCAGUAUACUCGGUGCUAUCUAAAAUCUAUGGUGACAAAGGAGUGUGCACUGACAUAACUGGUUUGGAUAAGUUGAUGAAGAAAUGGCGUGCUACGAAGCAGAAGGCUGGUAGUUGGAUUGAAUGAUCACCUUCUUCCAUAAACUGAAAUGUCUGUCUACAAUGAGGCAACCAGCUUUCAACACAACGCUUUCAUUAAGCAAUUAUUAAUGUCCCAUGCUGGCUAUCUGAAGCAAAUGAUCAGAAAAUAUUGAGCUCCUCAUAUAUUCUGGUCCGGCCAGCUGGAGAGUUCAAUUUUGCUCUAAAUUAUAACUCCUAAUUGCUGACUGGUCGAAUUCAUCAUGUGUAUUAAGUCCUGUUGGAGACGCAAAACAAAAAGAAGAGGCGGAUGGGUGUGUUUAAAGAGAAUGUGCUCAGUGAAUCGAGAUUGUGUUGUGAGCUUCCAUAUCUGCUGAGAUACUUCAAGAACUCUAUAAUUUCGUGCAACUUCACUUUGAUCUCACAAUUGUAAGUGUUCGCAUUCUCAUUUUUUCUUUGGGAAUUAUAACGUUCGUACUGAGGUAAGUUACGACAAUAUCUUGAUGUUUUAGAAUCAUAGCUGCUGCAAGAACACAAUGAAGAGCUCAAUAAUGGGUAGACGAAAGAACAAAGAGAUCAUU